AAACCACACUUUCUUCACAAAACACACAAACACCUUGCUUAUUUCUCUCGUCUUUACAUCUCACACAAUCAUGUCCGGAUACCCCCACAAUAACCCCUCCGGCUACGGUGCCCCACCAUCAUCUCAACCCUACGGUGCGCCGGCUCAGCCCUACGGCGCCCCAGCUCAACCGUACGGGGCACCAGCCCAACCGUACGGCGCCCCAGCCCAACCAUAUGGAGCGCCAGCCCAACCCUACGGUGCACCGCAACCAUACGGUGCACCUCCCCAAACUAAACCCCCAAAAGAUCACAACAAACCCUCUUCCUCACCCUACGGUGCACCUCAACCCGGGGGAGGGUACCCGACAGGACAAGGGCCGUACGGCAGUCCGUUUGCGGCCCUUGUCCCAUCUACGUUUCCGCCGGGUACAGACCCAAGCGUGAUCGCUUGUUUUCAGGUUGCUGAUCAGGAUGGAAGUGGGAUUAUUGAUGACAAGGAGUUGCAACGUGCGUUGUCGUCGUAUAAUCAAAGCUUUAGUAUCCGAACAGUGCAUCUUCUUAUGUAUUUGUUUACCAACACAAAUACUAGGAAGAUCGGACCUAAAGAAUUCACUCAAGUUUUCUACAGUCUACAGAACUGGAGGGGAAAUUUUGAGAAAUUUGAUAGGGACCGAAGUGGCAAGAUCGAUGCCAAUGAACUGAGAGAGGCCCUUAUGAGCUUGGGCUUUGCGGUUUCACCUGUGGUUUUGGAUUUACUGGUGUCCAAGUUCGACAAAACUGGUGGAAAGAAUAAGGCUAUCGAAUACGAUAAUUUCAUUGAGUGCUGCUUGACCGUUAAGGGGCUAACAGAAAAGUUCAAGGAGAAGGACACAUCGUACACCGGGAAUGCUACGUUUACGUACGAAGCGUUCAUGUUGACUGUUUUGCCCUUCCUCAUUGCCUAGGUUUUCAUUUGUAUUAUCCUUUCAAGUUUGUUUGUUUGUUUGUUUUCUGGAUGUUCCUUGUAUUUCUUUUGUGAUGCUUUGUUUUUUCAAAUAAAAUGGUCUCAACUUGUUAGUUGCUUUUUGCUUUUUAA